AUGUUUAUCCAGAUCUUGGCCAUUGCAGGCGCAAUCCUGGGCUUCAUUGUCGCUACCCUCUCCAUUGCCGCAGGUCUUUAUUACAUCUCCGAAAUUAUUGAGGAAAACUUGAGCUUCACCAAACGUUUCCUAAAUAGAUCGAUAUUGACCGUCUCCUCUAUUAUGCUCCUAUUGGUAGUCUUUGAUAACUUCCCAAUAAAAUUGACCUUGUUUUCGCUAGCAUCAAACUUGAUCUACUACCAAAAUUUAAAACAUUUCCCCAAUAUCCAUCUCUCAAAUAUCACCUUUAUCGCCUCAGCAGUUCUGGCUUUUCUUAACCAUUACCUAUGGUUCAACCACUUUAAUAACCCUUACAUCCCAUCCAUAGACGAACGACUCGCCCCAGACUUUGUCCCCCCUCACUACCCUUCCUUCACAGAAAUCGCAUCCUUCUUUGCCAUUUGCAUCUGGCUAGUCCCCUUCGCCCUCUUCAUCUCCAUCUCAUCAAAUGAAAACGCCCUACCUCUGGCUGCAGCUCAAACUUCAGAUCAUGGCAACAAUAAGGCGGCAAAAUCGGCAAACUUGGUCAGGUCCAUUAUUAAUAAAGCUUUGCUCAACUUGUCAAGCUUAUCUUCAGCUCUAGGUUUCAACUUCAAAUUCUCAAGGUCAAACUCAACAAACCCAAACGAACUUUAUAUAUAG